CCACCUUUCUUCGUGCUGGCAGAACAUUCUAUCAACAAGUAUCCCGGAUUCCGUUCUAUUAUACCAUGAUGGUUGGUUCCUAGAGAUUUUGACUUGACCCCAUUCCUCCUGUCAAAGCCCCUUCAUCCAAGGAGACGUUCGCCAGACGAAAGGAAAGAGGUCGAAGCAUGCGACGCAUAUCUGUUUCUCAUUAUCCUUCAAUACAGUGUUAUGAUUGAUUGACCAUGUCAUGUCGACCAUCGAAUCUCAACUCCUCCUCGAGGUCAACAAGGCCAUCCAGGGCCGCCACGCCCACCAGCUUCAAUCCAUCCUGGUCAUCGAGCCCCCAUUCCCGCCAAUAUACGAGCAGUUGAUUGCCCAUCUAAAAACGAAGUAUCCACGAAACAACCCUUCAUCGGAAGAGAACCUCGAACACAUCGUCCGCGCCAAUGUCUCCGAGACCGAAGAGGGCGAGGAUGAGCAAGGGCGCCCCGUCCCCAACUGGAGUCCCAUGGUCUCGUUCCUCGCCUGCUGGAUGUCCUUUAUUCGCGACGUCAACGUCGAGAACCUCUUGGAGACCUACGAACGCCUGAGCGAUCUCCAACAAAAAGCCAAUUCGGCACUUCAACACGCCACAAAGGGUAUUCUGAUCCUCCCCACCGUCAUCGCCUACGCCAACGUCUUCUCCCGCGUCGCCAUCGGCCUGGACAAGCGGCCCGAACUGAUCGCCCACAUCGUUUCGGCGGCCUCUUCCUCCGACGAAGGCCGUGCGGAAUCGUUGCCGGAGAAAGCGGCAAACAUCCUGCGCAAUGCAUUCACCACAUGCCUCAACGACCGCAACACGGCACCGCGAGGCAUCACUCCCCAGGGCAAACCAGACGGCAAGAAAAUUGGCAUCUACAAAAUGGCCAAUAUAUGCCUGAGGAUCUUGUUCCAGUGCCAGAAACUCGACAACUGCCAGACCAUCUUCAACAACAUCCAAAACUCAUCUCCGCCCCUCCACAUCUACCCGGCGUCCGAGCGCGUGACCUACCUCUACUACCUAGGCCGCUACCACUUCGCCUGUACGCACUUCUUCGCCGCGCAACUCGCCCUGCAACGCGCAUACGACGAAUGCCCCACCGUCUCCUCCUGUAACCCCCAGCGACGCCUUCUCCUCAUCUACCUCAUCGCCUCGAACCUCCUCCUCGGCCGCCUCCCUUCGCCAUCCCUCUACACGCGCCCGGAAGCCGUCGGCCUGCGGGAACACUUUGAGCCCCUCGCCAAGGCCAUCCGAACCGGCGACCUCGCACUGUUUCGCCGCAUCACCUCGCUCGACCUGUCGCACCCAUCCGCGCGCUUCCUCUCCCGCCAUCGACUCUUCUACCAGCUGGCAAACUACUGCGAAAUCUUUGUCUGGCGCAGCCUCUUCCGCCGCGUGUUCCUCUUGACGGGGAAACAGGGCGACACCGAUCGCAGCGCCCCGACGCUGGAUCUCCACGCGGUCCUCGCCGCGUUCCGGCUCCUGGAGACUCGCGCACGGAAUAUGACGCCUGCGAUGGAAAAGGCGGAUUCCGGAGGACCGGGAAAUCGACAUAUUUCGCUCGCGUUGGCGGAUUUUAGCACACCAUCGGCGGCGGCGGCGGUGGACGGGUACGAGUAUGUGGAUGAAGACUUUGACGGCGUAGAAGGGGUCGUGCCGUACGUGCAUAGUCCAGAUAUCAUGGAGAUGGAGGCGAUUUGUGCGUCGUUGAUCACGCAGGGGUUUCUGAAUGGGUACAUUUCGCACAAGUUGAGCAAGUUUGCGGUCAUGGGGGCGAGGAGGCCGGGUGGGGCGGCCAAGAAUGGGUUUCCGAAUGUGUGGGCGGUGAUUAAAACUAGGAGUGGGGAGGAAGUGUUUGGGUGGAAGGAGGGUGCAAAGGGUGGGGUUGGGCCGGGCAUGGGAGGGGGAACGGUGGUGAGACUCUCUGGGGCAAGACCAGCGGGGGCAUAGUAGGGGGUUCCGGAUUCGCUAAUUCGAUGGUAUGUCUUCUUGUGAGCUAAAGUUGGAUCGACAUUGAAUAGUUUGAUACCCUGGCGAGCGGAUAUGGAUGCACCUGACAAAGGAGACAGGGAAGGACAAAUACUAAGCUUUUC